CUAAGGUUAGUGCUUCAGGCCACGGCUGUUCCCGUGGGUGCCGUGAGAGCGCUGGAACCGCGUCCCGCUCUUGCUCUUAAGGGCACUGUUCAUCUGCCGCCAAGUUCGAAUCACCUCGCAUCUUCCCUCGCAUCUUCCCUCUCUCACAAUCUCAGCAUGACCUGGGUACUCGGCUGGCCCCUCUACGAUGACGAUGCGAUCGAAAUCGCGAAACAGCACCAUCUCGUCAAGGACCCGAAUGCGCCAGAAUAUCGGUACAUCGAAACAGCCCGGGAAUGGAUCGCAGAUCAAGUCGGCAUAAUACCUACACUCUCCUGUUGGGUCGACAGCUUCCCUGAGCUUGUAUACGCUGCGUAUGUCGCCUACGGGGACAAUCGUUAUCCUCCGACCAAACUCGUCAGCAAGGAAAUCAUAAGCCGCAAGCAACAUCGCCGCCUCGGGCGAGCUAUGCCACUGAGGGAUUUUGGCUGGUACCAGUACGACGAUCCGUCCGGUGUCCUGUAUGAGAAGACGCGUCACGAGAGUGACGAGGACAGUGAUGAGGACAAUGACGAGGACAGUGACGAGGGCAGCGACGAGGGUGACGAUGAAGAUGGCGACAGAGAUGUGUCGAUGAAUAAUACCAGCGAUGAGGAAGAUCGCGAAGAAGACAGUGUCGAGAGUGACAAUGAGACGGUAACCGAUGGUGCGGUCUCGAAGUUGGACUUUCUCCCAGAGGACUCCGGAAGCUUUGAGGCAGCGAAGUCACUGCCUAAGGACUUCGGUGAGUGUGUCGCACAUAGUCUGAGAUCAUCCAUACUAACCGCUGGGUACUGCGUAGAUGCAUGUUGCACCAUUGCCGAGCCGCAGCCUUGAUACAAGGUCUAUGACUCUGCCUUCUCUCGUCGCACCAUCAACAUCAUGUAUCACAUCAAGCAACUAUCCUGUAUUACUCUUCCAUUCCCGUUGACGCUGCGUUGUAUUCAGUCUGUACAGCAAUAUCUGUAUAGUAUAUUUGUGCCAAUUCCAUUACAUUCAACUUG